AUAAGUGACGAUCAUGUUCUUUGCACGUGCUGUCGACCAAUCAAAUGUCAUUGAUUCUGCGGGGCAGGAUAAUUUGUUUUGUCGUGCAAAUCUGCAUUUCCCAAUCUUUGUUGCACUAUAUUAUUUAAAAUAUAAAAAUUGACUCUUUAUAUUCCUUAAACUUUUUAAAAGUUGUCCAAAUCAUUAUUAAAUCGACGUCAUAUCGCCUACGAAAGCUAAAGGUUCAGAGACAUCCCCUGAGCUACAGUUGACGAGUUGACAUACACGUGACCAAACAACCAAAAGUUAAAGACCAAGUGCGACAUUAUAGUAUUAAGUAGAAGGUUUCGCACUUUUGUUGUUUUGUAAAGCUAGUCAUUUUCCAAGAAAAACUAGCAAAGCUGGAGAGUUGCAUUCACACAUGGCAGAGUGUAGGAAUUCAACUCCAGUCCAUCUAUUUGCUGGAGGGUUGGGUGGCACCACUGCAGCCAUUGCAACAUGUCCACUAGAAGUAGUUAAAACCAGAUUGCAGUCUUCAGCACCUGUUUUUCAACCAGUAAAAUUAGUUGGAAUGGCUAAUCUUAAAAUGGCACCUGGACAGUAUGAAAUUGUUACCCGCCCUGCAGGUAUUCUUGGUUGCAUACGACACAUGAUACACACAGAAGGUGUUCGAUCUCUUUAUAAGGGUUUGGGCCCUAACCUAGUUGGUGUUGCUCCAGCACGUGCUAUAUACUUUGCUGUCUAUGCUAAAUCGUCAAAAGGCAUAACACGGAUGGGUGUAGACAAAGAUAGUCCACUAGUUCAUAUGUGUGCAGGUGCGUCAGCAGGUUUUAUUACAAAUACGUUUACAGCACCCAUAUGGUUUGUAAAAACACGUCUUCAACUUAGCAGUCAAACAAAAUAUGGCAUGAUGAAAUGUGUUCGUAAAGUUUUUAAGGAAGAAGGCUUAAAGGGAUUUUACCGAGGACUUUCUGCAUCCUAUUUUGGCAUAAUAGAGACUAUCAUUCAUUUUGUUAUUUAUGAAAGACUCAAAAGAAUGUUACGAGAAUACCAUAAACAUAAUAGUAAAGACCAUAUUGAAAAGAAUAAUGUGUCUGAUUUUAUGAUAGCCGCUGGUUUUUCGAAGUCAAUUGCAUCAAUGUGUGCAUAUCCACACGAAGUUGUAAGAACUAGACUACGUCAAGAAGAAUGUGCUGGACCUAGAAAAUAUAAAUCAUUUUUUCAGACUUUAAUGUUAGUUUACAGAGAGGAAGGUCGCAGAGGUUUAUAUAGCGGCCUGGGAACACAACUUGUGCGUCAGGUACCAAACAGCGCAGUGAUGUUUAUGGUUUAUGAAGCAGUAAUAUACUACAUAUGUUCAAAUGAGAAUGUCUAGUUUUACUAUUGUGUUUUUUAUAAAUAGCUACAUUUUCGUAUUCUCUAUGGAAAUUGUUUUUACUUGCAGAUCUAUGCAUUAUACUUACUAUAUUAAUCCUCAUAAUUUUUUUUAAACUCUGGAACAAGAUUUUUUAAAAAUGGCAACAAAUUACAUGUCAGGGUAUUUCGAUGUUCAGAUGGGAUUUUUUUUUUCUAGAUUUUAGUACCUGUUUGACUGAAAAAUGUCUCUGGAAUAUGUGUAAUCGUUUGCAAACCUUACCCUUUUAAACGUUUACACUGCUUUUUGUAGUAAAAAAAACAUGUUUUUUUUUCUUUUUGCGAAGCCUUCUAUAGAUAAACUUUUUCCAGUUGAACUAUUAUGAUAUGCUCUUUGUGUGAAAUCAUGUGAGUCAAAUUUAUCCCUUGCAGAAGUUUUGCCAAAUUAUUUUAAGUUUUCAUUAUUGUUUGUAUUUGAGAAACAUAUAAAAACUUUCAAACCCUUUAUUUUUCAGUGCACGAAGCCAGUCUAUUUAUUGUCUUUACCUAACUACAACAGUUGUGCGCUGACAAACUUUAAGUUAAGGCCUUUGCGUUAAGAAUUGUUUUACAUGUUCUUUUUAAGUUAGAUAAAAUAGAUUUGUAUUGUUAACAAAGGUAACCUGUGUAUAUUGUAGAAAGUAUAUUAUAGUAUUCUUAAGAUUUCAAAUCCAAACAA